AUCAUAAUGACAUUGCUGCAAUUCAGGAAGGAGAUAUUGUGACCAUAUUUCCUGCAACUUGGCUGGUUGGUGGAGGAAACAACUAUAAGAUUUAUAGGAACUUGCAAGGUGGAUGACAGCGUACCCGUGCAUGGCUAGAGGAGCUGACAGCUGCACACCUUCUCAGGCAUCUGUGUGUAUUUCAGCGGUCACUGAGUCAUACCAUUUCAGUGAGCCAGAACACAGCGCAGUAGCUGUUGGGUGACGACACACUGAUGAUCUCUGGGUCUGCACAUAUAAAAGUGAGCAGCCUCCCAGUGUUCACUUCAGUGCAGGCGAGACCACCGUAACAAUUAUCUGCAGGGUACAAACAUCAGGCAAAUCUGGAUGGAUAAGGCUGAGCCACGGACAUAAGUUUCCAAUGGCUGUGAAUGCAUCAGACUGGUUGGUCCCAACUGUGGGCCCAGAGUUGGACCCCUGCAGUAACUACACUGAAGCUUGGCUGUGGCUGUCCUCCCUGCAGCCGGCCUUCCUGGGUUUGAUCAGUGUGAUGGGGCUGUUGGGGAACAGCCUGGUUCUCUGUGUGUUCUGCCUGCAGAGGAAACCCUGCACUGUGGCUGAUGUCUACCUGGGGAACCUGGCGGCUGCUGACCUCGUCAUGAUCUCCUGCCUCCCCUUCUGGGCUGUCACCAUCGCACAAGGCUACCAGUGGGACUUCGGAGAGAUCCUUUGUAAGCUAGUCAACGUGGUCAUCUCUAUGAACUACAUCUGCAGUGUUCUGUUCCUCAUGCUGGUUAGUAUGGACCGCUACUUGGCUCUGGUGAAGCCCCUGUGCCCUAGCCGUCUGAGGAGAGCUGCCUGGGCCAAGCGUAUCUGCCUGGGGAUCUGGAUCCUGGGCUUCCUCUUCAGUCUGCCCAUCCUGCUCUUCCGCACGGUGACAUACGUAAAGGAUGCCGGUGUGGAUGCCUGCAUUCUCGACUACCCCCACCCAGCAUGGAGCUUACACCACAACAUCAGCAGGAACGUGAUGGGUUUUCUAAUUCCCGUUCUGGUAGUGGUUUACUGCACUCGUCACAUCGUGGCUGCUCUGAACGACCGGGGAGCCAGUGGACUCCCUGGGGUGAGGGCAGAGAGGAAGGCUGCCUACCUGGUUCUGGCCGUGCUGGCCGUCUUUCUCUUCUGUUGGACACCACACCAGGUGAUGCUUUUUCUUGACACUCUGGAUUACUUCGAGGUCACGCCCGGGUGCCUAUGGGGACAUGUCCUGGACAUUGGCAUACAACUGUCCACAUAUCUGGGGUACAGCAACAGUGCUCUUAACCCCUUCCUGUUUGUCAUUGUGGGGCAACAUUUUAGGAGAAAGGCAAAGGAGGUGUUUGGAAAAACGUUGAACCCCUGGUCAAAAGACAUGAGCUACCUGAGUGUGAGCUUCACUUCAGUGAACAGACUCAAUGAAAUACAGCAUGUCAGUAUUGAAAAACUGGAAAUAUCUUGACCAUGACAACUACAUCAUGACCAGCUACUGUGGGGACUUAACACUGAAAAUUAACACUGUACUACGAUCACUUGAUGAGAGUAUUUUCCUGCAGUGAUUAUUAAGUUGAUAUGUGAAAUUGUUAACAGUUAACAGUUGCUAACUUACACAUUGAGCAGACACAGAGAGGCAUUAGCAUUAAUUUUGAGUCUUGUUUGCAUCCAUCUGGUAAAUGUAAUCAUGUGCACAAACUGCUGUUUUCGUUGACUCUUUUUGUUGGUGCUCCUGGAACAGCGCAUACAGGCAGAGCUGCUAAAACAACACGGUAAGCCUAGAGCAGUUAUCAUUUUCAAAAUGCACAGCUUUGGUUUGCAUAGCUUGGUCCUAAUUAUUAGUGAAAUUAUUCAGUAUUGGUAAAUGUCAAGGUAUUAAUCAUGAGCAUCAAUGCUCCCUGAUAUUGAUACUCUCUGGGUCUUUGUUUUGCCGGCGGAAGUCAGUCAUAUUGUUUUCGGGUUGUCUGUCUGUUCAUACGUACGUCUGUCUGUCAAAAUCUUGUGGACACAAUACCUCAGUAACGCUUUGACAGAACUUUUUAAGUACAAUUUAGUACAAACAUUCACUUGGACUCAAAGAUGAAAUGGUUAGAUUUUAGUGGUCAAAGGUCAAAGGUCACACUUAUUACUCAAGACUUUACACAGCAAUUAUGAUUCACAUAAAUGGUUAAUAUUUUAUAUGAUUCUGAAUAAACAGGGACAUAACCUGAAAUUAGUCUGAGUGGCUGAGGCAUACAACCGCAAGGCAAUAGGUAAUUCUAGUGUGUCUCUGUUUUCUGUUCACCACUUAGUGUCUAACUGUCAGCUGGUUGGCUCAGGGCAGCUAGUGUACAGUGGGCUUAUCAGCGCUAUCCUGCUGAAAACAGCUGCCUGUUGGACAUUAGGUUGAUGAGAGCUGAGUCAUUAAAUCAGAACAAAGAGAAGACACAAAUGCUCUGUUGAACUGAGUGAUGACUCUGUGGUUUGUUUGCGGGUGAAGGGUUGGGGUAAUUAUUUAUGUCUUUUUAUAUUAAAAAAAAUGCUGAUUUGUGCAGCUCUAUUUAAAACGUCUGGUGCAUUGUUCCAAAUUAUUAUUGUUGAGCUAAUUACUGAAGCUUGUGUGCACAUGUAAUUCCUAUAGGGGUUUAUUAGCAUUUAUUAGCCCUGUGUCUGUACCUUAUUGCCUUUGCCAUUGUUUUGUUGAUGCACUGAGAAAUAUUAUCUUCAAAAGACUAACACCAUUUAUGAUGUAUUUGAUGCUAAAUUACUACUGGCGAGUGCUGAAGAUGAAUCCCAAUGUGAUUUAUGUGAUCUUUCAUUGUGUCUGAGCUUAUUCUGUCUAUCACUAAUUGCAUAAUUAUGAAGUCUAACUAUACAAAUGUGACUGAACUAAACAAAGGUCAUAUUGUUCCUAAAAGAAGCAAACAUCCGAUUGUCUUACUGCAUUAGUUGUUAGUCAUUUUUCAAUCAAUGUGUGUUUUUUUGGCACAGAAGGUGGAAUUAAUGCAAUUUAUCCAUGGUUUUCACAGUUUGCACUAAAGACAUGCCCUAUAUAUUAGAUCUCAUAACAAACCCCAACCUGCCUCAGAGCAGUUACACUAUCACUCAGAAGAUUAGACCCAAACAAAGUAUAACUAAAGAAAAACAAAAAUACAUCAGAAUAAUAUUGCACGCUCACAACACAAACUAGAGACAUAUUGUGCCCUAAACAGACACUAUACUGUGGCAGACUACCUGACCACACUAACUGAUAAGAACCUGAGAAAGACCAUGUACAGAGUGAGCACCGUCUGGCAAUAAACAA